AUGCAUGAUACCGACACUGAGCAGUUCACUUGUGCAGUAUCUUUUGCGCGCGAAUUAGACAGUGACAUUAAACCGCCGAGAAGUGCGCCUCCGCGGUGCAAAACAACUGCUGAAUGGCAUCCAACCGUGACACCUCGCAAAACAUGCGCGUCCCCGUGUGAUGAAGAUGAGUUUGGAAAUGACACUACUGCUGCUACUGCUACUGCAACCGCCACCAUCUUCAUCGUUGUCUCCGCUGCAGCCGUUCGUUCAGUUCAAACCAUCAGCCACCCACCGUCCGUCCGCAAGGAGAAUUCAGGCCAUGGGACCAUCUUGUACCACGAAGGCGAUGAUGGUCUCGAGCAACCGGAAACGAAAGAUGUAUUAUCGUCUGGGUCAGCUAGUCCAUCAUCAACACAUUCCCUGGAGGGUGCUUCACCGUUGCAUUUAGUGGCCGCAACGGCCGGGUCUGCCACACUGUUACGAAAUCAAACACCACAAUCAUUACCAUCAUCAACAGCAGCAGCAGCAGCAGCAGCAUGCGCAACCAGACAGAAAGCAUUCCUAGCACCAAUGCCGGAAGCGCCUUCAACGACGACGAAUCGGUCUUCCAUAGUUGAUUCGUCCACCACAUUGAUGGAUCCGCUCGACGAUGUAGAGCACCGAAUUCCUGCCACGCUGAUUCACGAUCCUAGCAUAGAACGGUGA